UUCCGCCGCGCGACGUUGGCCAACACUCAAUGACGGUCGAGUGUGUGCUCGGGCAAGUGUGCGGCGCUUGGCUUUCAUUCGGUAACGAUGGCGGAUCUAGACCAGUUUCAACAGCUUCUGAAUACACUCCUCAGCACAGAUAACGAUGUCCGGACGCAGGCGGAGGAGGCGUACGGUAAUCUUCCAGUGGAAAGCAAGGUGACGUUUCUCUUAACCACCAUUUGUAAUGGCACACUUGCAGAAGAAAUGCGGACCAUAGCCGCAGUACUGUUGCGUCGAUUAUUUUCCUCAGAAUUUAUGGAGUUUUAUCCCAAGAUUCCACCCGAGGCGCAGGCACAGUUAAAAGAGCAAAUUUUAUUAUCGGUCCAAAACGAACAAACCGAAGCUAUUCGACGUAAAGUCUGUGACGUUGCGGCCGAAGUUGCCAGAAAUUUAAUAGACGAGGAUGGCAAUAAUCAGUGGCCGGAGUUUCUUCAGUUCCUAUUUCAAUGCGCGAAUAGUCCAUCGUCAGCAUUAAAAGAAAGCGCACUUCGCAUGUUCACAUCCGUCCCAGGCGUAUUUGGAAAUCAACAAGCAAAUCAUCUCGAUCUUAUAAAACAGAUGUUACAACAAUCUGUGUUAGAUACAAAUUAUGAGGUCAGAUUUCAAGCGGUACGAGCAAUUGGAGCGUUUAUAACAUUGCAUGACAAAGAGGAAAAUAUACACAAACAUUUCUCAGAAUUAGUCCCGGCGCUUGUACAAGUAACCGCUCAAUCUAUAGAAAAGCAGGACGAUGAUGCUCUUAUAAAAGUUUUGAUAGACCUUGCUGAAACCACGCCAAAAUUCCUCAGGGGACAAUUAAUUAAUGUUUUGCAAAUGUCUAUGAACGUAUACUCCAAUGAGGAGAUGCCUGACUCUUGGAGGCAAUUGGCGCUAGAGGUUUUUGUAACUCUGUCGGAAACCGCACCAGCCAUGGUGCGGAAAGUUGGUGAAAAGUACAUUGUGGCUUUGGUGCCAUUGGUAUUGAAAAUGAUGACUGACUUGGAGGAAGAUGAGAAAUGGAGCUACUCUGAUGAGAUCAUUGAAGAGGAUAAUGACAGCAACAAUGUAGUUGCGGAAAGUGCUUUAGAUAGAUUGGCGUGUGGCCUGGGAGGAAAAACUAUGCUACCGCAAAUCGUACAAAAUAUCCCUACUAUGUUAAAUAACAGCGAUUGGAAAUAUAGGCAUGCAGCGUUGAUGGCUAUUUCAGCUGUUGGUGAAGGUUGUCACAAGCAAAUGGAGACUCUUUUACCACAAAUAAUGGACGGAGUCAUACAAUAUUUACAAGAUCCGCAUCCUCGUGUAAGAUACGCUGCCUGCAACGCAGUAGGGCAAAUGUCUACAGAUUUUUCGCCAACAUUUGAAAAGAAAUUUCACGAUAAAGUUAUCCCUGGAUUAUUGAUGGUAUUGGACGAUAACGCGAAUCCCAGAGUUCAAGCUCACGCUGGCGCCGCGCUUGUAAACUUCAGCGAAGAUUGCCCGAAAAAUAUUCUAACACCAUAUCUCGAUGCCAUAAUGGCUAAACUUGAAUCUAUUCUGACCGCUAAAUUCCAUGAGUUAGUUGAAAAGGGAACUAAGCUCGUUCUUGAACAGGUUGUUACCACAAUUGCCUCCGUUGCAGACACAUGUGAGGAACAAUUUGUAACUUAUUAUGAUAGGCUAAUGCCUUGCUUAAAAUAUAUUAUUCAAAAUGCCAAUCAGCAAGAACACAAGAUAUUGCGAGGCAAAACUAUCGAAUGUGUCAGUCUCAUAGGCUUAGCUGUUGGACCAGAAAAGUUUAUUGCCGAUGCUAGUGAAGUUAUGGAUAUGUUACUCAAAACCCAUUCAGAAGGUGAUCUUCCUGAUGACGAUCCGCAGACCAGCUAUCUUAUAUCUGCUUGGGCCAGGAUUUGCAAAAUUCUUGGCAAACAAUUUGAACAGUACUUACCAUUAGUAAUGGGACCCGUAUUGCGAACAGCCGCUAUGAAACCUGAAGUUGCAUUGCUAGAUAAUGAGGAUAUGGAAGGUAUUGAAGGUGAUCUUGACUGGCAGUUCGUUUCACUGGGAGAGCAACAAAACUUUGGAAUCAAAACUGCUGGGCUGGAGGAUAAGGCUUCUGCAUGCGAAAUGUUGGUUUGCUAUGCGCGAGAAUUAAAGGAAGGUUUUGCGGAUUAUGCAGAAGAAGUAGUGCGACUGAUGGUGCCGAUGCUGAAAUUUUACUUCCACGAUGGUGUCAGAACUGCAGCUGCGGCAAGUUUGCCAUAUCUUCUUGACUGUGCUAAAAUAAAAGGUCCACAGUAUCUGGAAGGCAUGUGGGCAUACAUUUGCCCAGAUCUGUUGAAAGCUAUCGAUACAGAACCAGAAUCCGAAGUGUUGUUAGAAUUAUUAUCAUCAUUAGCAAAAUGUAUCGAGACUCUGGGCGCAGGUUGCUUAAGUGCGCCGCAUAUGACUGAGCUUUUACGACUUUUAGAUAAGCUACUUAAUGAACAUUUUGACCGAGCAGUUGCUAGAUUGGAGAAACGAAAAGAUGAAGACUAUGAUGAGGUCGUCGAAGAACAACUUGCUGAUGAAGACAAUGAGGACGUAUAUACCCUUAGCAAAAUCGCUGACAUUUUACAUGCCCUGUUUACAACCUACAAGUCUUCGUUCUUCCCGUACUUCGAUCAAAUAUGCGGACAUUUUGUAAAAUUACUGAGCCCCGAAAGAUCAUGGUCGGAUCAUCAGUGGGCUUUGUGCGUCUUUGACGAUGUCAUCGAAUUUGGAGGACCUGACUGCGCAAAAUAUCAAGAAUUCUUUUUGCGACCCAUGAUUCAAUACGUUUCCGAUAAAUCCGCGGAGGUUAGACAAGCGGCAGCUUACGGUUGUGGGGUGUUAGGCCAAUUCGGCGGAGAGGGCUUUGCGCAAGCGUGUGCAGAAGCUUUACCAAAGCUGAUGGAAGUUAUUAACGAUCCCGAAUCUAGAUCGCCAGAAAAUGUGAACCCCACUGAAAAUGCUAUUUCAGCAGUGACUAAAAUUCUCAAAUACAAUAGCAAGGCAAUCAACGUCGAUGAAAUUCUUCCACACUGGCUAACUUGGCUGCCGGUCGUCGAGGAUGAAGAUGAAGCACCUCACGUGUAUGGAUACCUGUGUGAUUUGAUCGAAGCGAAUCACGUGGUGGUUUUAGGAACGAAUAACGCGCAUUUGCCUCGACUUAUAAGUUUCUUUGCCGAAGCAUUGUUCAGAGAAGCUGUGCCUACCGAUCAUCCCGUUAUGUCUAGAAUCCUUAGUAUUGUUAGAGAAAUACAGAACAACGACACGAUUUUCCAGGCAACCAUAAUGCAGUUAACAACGGAUCAACAACAGGCGCUUCACGAGGCACUCAGUGCACUAAGUUGAAUUUUUAACAUCGUAACAAAUACAAAAAAAAGAUAAACGCCUGCAUUAAUUAAUGCCGAGGAAACGGCAAAGAUUUUAGGUAUGGGCGUAUACCUAUAAGAUUCGCUCCAGUUAUAAAGCCUAGUUAUACACAACACGCAAAUAUAUUUAAGCUAUUCUACGUAUUACCCACGUAUUUGUUGAGUAUAUAUCUCUGUAUCAUUAUCAGAUUCGAUUAUUAAUUUUAUAUUGUCAGGGAUUGUUGUUGAACAUAUGAUAUUAAAAUUGGAGUUUGUCACUGUUCGGUUUUACAGUGCGUCUACAAAUGAAGAUAAGUCGAAAGAAAUUUUAUCAGUUGUGAAUGAACUCGCAUUGGCAGAAUUUAAAAGAAAAAAAAACUGUUUAUAUAUUUCUAACGUAUUUUAAACUCAAUAUUUUAUAUAUAUAUACUUGUUAUACAUCCCCCCCCCUCUUUCUUUCUACAUUACAUUAGUGAACAUUGUUAAAAGGUUCACGAACAUUGACGUCGACUUAAAUCAGACAUUCAAGUGAUAACACAUUCUCCUGCCACUGAGAGCCGAACAAUGCUAAAUUGUCUUGAAAAAAUUGGCUUUGUAAAAAAUCGCAUAGUAUCACAUACAUUAUAUUAUAUUAUAGCUUUGUUAUGCGAAUAUAGCGUGAAAGAUUUUGUCACUGUGAUCUUUCUAAAUUCUGUCUACAUUCUCAAAGAUUCUAUGUCUCCCACGUUCAGGCGAAAAAAAAAUGACGAAGCUGAUAAUGCAAGAUAGACUGGAAUGCCUCAUUGUAGCCAUGAAGUGAACACGUGACAUUGUGAUUUAGGUAUUUUUAUUAUUAAAUUUAGAUACAGUAAAUGUUAUUUAAUGAUAAUAUCGAUAAUGUUGCAAUGUUGAGGUAUACGAAUGCCUUUUGAAUGAAACGUAAUGAAGUUUUAAAAAUUUUAGAUUCAAGAUCCAUAAGAUGUGACCUAUUUUUUUUUUCUUUUUCUUGUAGAGAUACACUAAGAACAUAUUUGAACGCCACAAAUUUUAAGUGUAAUCUUACAGCUAAUUCGUAUUGAGUUACGCUUCACUUAGCUGUAACAUUACAACAUGUCGUAUACUAAAAAUAUAUUGUUCGAGAAUUAAAAAAAAGUAUAUAAGAAAUACGCGCCAAAAGAAGCGAUUUGGCAAUACAGAAUGCAUUACGUUUCUUUCGACUGAUUCUAACAGAGAAUUGAGAUGCGAAGAAGUCCGAGCGAAAUAAUUCGAACAGCUCCCCCGCUUUCCCGUUCUUGUUGCUAUUUAUUUAUAAAAUGUGUAUCCCGACACUUGCGACACUGUAAAUCGAAAUUUCACCGAUGGGAAAAUUUUAUCUCUAGUACACCUUCGCGGCUACUCCUAACGCAAAUGCCUCCCCCAAGUAACAACCUUUUUUUUUACUAAGACCUAUAGAGGAGUAAAAGUAAAGAACUAUAAACGUUUAUUUGUACAUACGUCAAAAGUAUAGGAAAAUAUCGCGGACAAGUAUAAUAGAGUUGAAGUAUUCGAUUGUAAGUAUCCUUGGUAGGCACUGCCUCGUUAUCUCACUGAAAAAUCAACAACACAUUCUUGUAAGGUGCACUUAAUUGCAGCAAAUACAUACGGAGAAUCAAUACCGAUGGACUGUUUAUGCGAUACACAUUUGCGACGGAGAAAGAGGAAAAAUCAAUUCACUCUUAGAUUUAAAAGAGUGAGAGAAAUGAAAAAUUAUAAUUCUUAUAUAGAGAUUAUUUUAAAAUCAUUAGCCAAAAUAAAUCUCAGCUUUGUAA